GUUGGCCAGGCCUCCAUUAUUCAUUGUUGUUCAGACCUCCAACAAUUGUUGCUCAUUCAUUGUUACAUCGAUAUCUGCUUAUCAUCCUUCCAACACAGAGCUCACCUUUAGGUCAACCCUCAAUCAGGGGACAAUGGCUCCUCCGAGCUCAACCGCCCGCCGAGGCCCCAGCGUUCUGGUCUCAGAGUCGCGUGAAGGCCGACCCACACCGCGUCGCCAGGCAUCACGUUUCAUCACGGUGGAUAGCGUUCUCCAAUAUGCCUCGGACAUUCCCUCGAUGCAAAAACGUCAACCUCAGAGGCCUCGAGUCUCCCGCACAGGCUCAGGCAGACCUGUUGAUCCUCGCCUGACCGGUCGAUUUGCCGCACCUCAUAUCCCUUCUCGGUCGACCAAGACCUCAGAAAAGCUCGUCUUGUUACCCGAAGCCGUGGAAGAAGAGGAUGAAAAGGGCGAGUUUGGCCAGGAUGCCGAUUCUGGCCCUCCUAGAGAUGGUGAAGACAUCCGGAAACCAGGCAAGGACAGAGUCAAAAGCUAUGCGGAAAGACUUCCAAAAUCUCGACGGACAGAGAAGGAACUUCCGAGGGUGACCGCAUACUGUACCGCGCAGGCAUACAAGCUUCAGUCGGUUGCUGCUUUCGUUCGACAACGCCACGGUGCCCGCGCCAAGUUAUACGACGAUUGCUUGUACUGCGCAUAUCACCUCCCGCUACUUCCCGGAAUUGAAGGCUAUCGAUUGCGAAGUAGCCCACCAGUCAAAAGCGCUCGAGGUGGGACGGUGCUUGACGAAGCGAUUGAGCGUAGUGAACAGACAGACUAUCGACAACCAUACUCUGCAGAAGAAGAAGAGCAACAUUCGGUGCGUGGCAAUUACACACCGGAGGAACAGUUUGGAGUGCCGAAUCAAGACAUUUACGAUUUGGAGUCGACGAGACCGAAUGGACAGCGAAGGGAUAGCACAGUGUCACAACGGUCCAACAGUCCUUCGGCGCCGGCACCAAUCAACUCGUACCGGUUUGCGGAGAUGUACGUGUUCAACUAUGGCGUGGUGGUGUUUUGGAACUUUAGCGAAAGGCAGGAAAAGGACAUGUUGGCCGACUUUGCAUUUGCCACGAUUGUCAAUGCCGACACCAACUUGGUCACACCCACUCCCUUGACGUCAAAUCCGCUGCUGGAAGAAGACUUUGAGACGGAGGAAUUCCACUUCGAAUACAAUGCUGAAAUUGCUCGACCUCGGGUAUAUAACGAUAUGAUUACGCUGCGCAACGGCGACCAUAUGAUCAAACUGGCCAUCAGCCAUGCGAUUGCACAGAGCACCAAGCUGAGCUUCUUUGAAGAAGCAAUGGCGGCGCAGAUGGAGGCGGCCAAGGAUGUUCCAGGUCGGCUGGCCAAGACAGGAGAGCUUGGGCUCAAGCGAGAGGAAGUAAUAAAAUUACUUGGAGGGCUGUUCAAGAGCCGUGUCGAUGUGAACUUGUCAUCCAACGUGCUGGACGUGCCCAACUUGAUUUGGGACAGCGAGCCCACCCUCCACCCGUUGUACUCGGCGGUGCGUGAGUACCUCGAGAUCAAGCCUCGGAUUCAGGUUCUCAACGAGCGCUGCCGUGUUUUUCUCGAUCUGGCCGAAGUCUUGUCAGACUAUAUCUCGGACAACAAAAUGUCCAGGAUCACCUGGAUCGUGAUUGUUCUGAUUGGCAUCUCGAUCUUGGUCACAUGUUCGGAAGUGUUCCUCCGCUUUGGCAUGCUAAGCACUAGGGGUGGUGCCAAAGGAGCUGCCGCGAUUCAGCACAUUGGGAUAUCUAAUGAGCUAUGAGAAAGCUCUGUGUCCAACUGGGUUCACUCAUUUGUUUAGUCACAGCAUGGAAUCGCCUCUGGGAUGCACUUGGGACACGAUCUAGGGGUAAUAAUGUAUGUAGCAUGGUGUAAGGAGUAGAUCAGAUGGGUCGUGAGGGUCAACAUUGACAUGACAGUCAAUCGCAAGCUCUCGUUGUAUCUUGUACACCUGACACGAGGCGACGGCCGACUCGGGAGUAGCCAAGGCUGUGUCAGCUUGUCCCUAUCCAUGUGCUAUCCAUGUGAAGACCAUCGAUUCAAUCUGCAGGUCAGCUCAGCCGAGGGUGGGACCAAGGGUUCAGGGCCAGGGCAGAGGAGAAUCACAUUGUCGUGGGAAAGGAUGUCACUCCAGGUCGAAUCGCAAGGAGGGUCCGAUCUUUUUACGCGGAUAGGUGGAGGCAGAGGAAGG